AUGGCAGAAGUGAAACCGAAACUUCGACGAGUUGUUACAUUUACCAAAAAUAAUCAUCGUUGGUCGAGGACAUUCGAUGAAACUGAUUUAAGGAAAGAAGAAGAACCGAAAAGCAAAGAUAAUGAGAAAGUUGAAGUUGAUAAAAAAGAUAUUUUCGAUGAUGGAUCGAAAAAUGCUGCAUUUAAACGGCGUCAAACGAUCGAUUGA